AUGAAUUGCCCUGCAUUUGCUGUUUUGGGACCUUCAGGUUCUAUGCUCAUGAAUUUGUGGCUAGAAGAGCUAACGACAAUUCCUGAUUUUGUAUCUAUCAACAGAGCAUUAGAAGCCCCGUGCCUCUCCCAUUCAGCGAUUCCAAUUCAAACUGUUCGAUCCUUGAAUGUUUCAAAUGCCUAUCACCACCAUCAGCACCAGCAUCGCGAUAAACUUCCAUUUGAAAGAGACUUUGAGAGGCAAGCUUCCAGUGUUUCUACGGAAACAUAUUCAUAUGUCGGAUUUUCUCCAUGCAGGCCGAACCCUGCAGAAACCCGCCAAUCUGACCACCCUGCAUCAAGUUUGAGCGCACUGCACUGCUACCCUAAAUCCCAGUACUCCCCAUAUGUACUUACAAAUAGAUCCGAGAAUACCAACACGUCAUAUCCUGAUAAUUGUACAUAUAAGCGACGUGAAGAGCCAUCGCCCACUUAUGAAGGCCAUCCAACAGCACUUGACAUCCAUUCGCCGCCAAAGUAUCAAUUUAUGCUCUCCGAAGAAAGCCGCGAACCCGCACUUGUAUUUAAACCCGGAAAGAAAUCUCCGAUGACAUCUUUAGAAAAGAAACAGAGACAUCUGCAGUCUGAACAAAAAAGACGGUCCAACUUCAGAACUGCCAUGUUUACUCUUCGCUCGCUGCUACCACAGGGCCUGGACAGGCAAUUUCAAAUGAGCCACAGAGAAGUACUAAGAUCUGCAAUUCUGCUAAUGAAGGGACUUCAAGAACACAAUGCAAAGUUGAAAAGAAAACUGGCUCGCUGUGCAGCCAAUGCAGCGCUACAAUAA